AUGGGUAAUCAGAACUCGAAAGGCUCCGGGCCAAAUGCGCCGAAGGGGAACGCGUCACAGACGUCCUUGGAUAAAGGCCCCGAAGGACCUCUCCAAUCAUUGCCGUCGUUCAGCAAAGUAGAUACCAAGGAAUCCACCAGAUCCAUCCGGGGGACUUUGAGAUCCAAGAUACCCGGAAAGACCGAUAGUCCGCGGAAUUCGAUAUCCGGGUCAAAUGGAGAUACAGCUGGAGACAAGUCAGACGGAGCAUCUGUACGAUCCGGAAGAAGCUCUCGAUCUGCCUUGUCGAGGAGUAGUCGGGUGGAGCCGGAUUCUCCCCAGUCAGGGCAAUCAGCCGUCUCGCCAGGUUCGUCGGACGAGGUGACCUCGCCACUGCAAGACCCUCAACCACCCCCUUCUCCAAUCCACUCUGGAACUACAUGGCAAGGCCACCAUGAUGUCGAUGCCGCUCAACGUAGUGGGGAAGUUGACCAUGUCUCUGAUCAACCCCCUUCGGGAACAAUCAACCCCCACACACAUCUCCAACGUGCUGGACAGUCCAUCCUCGUCAAAAGGGCCAACAUGAUCAAUCCUAUCACCAAAGGUGCCAUUUCAAAGUCCCCCACAGCAGAAGAAACCGCUGCAUUGAGCUCACCCGCAGUAGCAAUGGGCGAGCUGAAAGAAUCUGAUGUGGACGACUAUAUCAAACGACUCCUCGAUGCUGGAUAUGCAGGUAAAAGCACUAAGGGGGUCUGUCUGAGGAAUGCGGAGAUCAACUCCAUAUGCUCUCGAGUCAGGGAGAUAUUUCUCGAACAGCCGCCGUUGAUCGAGUUGGACGCCCCAGUGAAGAUUGUGGGCGACAUCCAUGGCCAAUACUCAGACCUCAUCCGUAUGUUUGAGAUGUGCGGUUUUCCGCCAACCUCGAAUUUCCUAUUUCUCGGAGACUACGUUGACCGGGGCAAGAACUCUCUGGAGACCAUACUCCUCCUCAUGUGCUAUAAGAUCAAGUAUCCCGAGAACUUCUUUUUGCUAAGAGGUAAUCACGAAUGCGCAAAUGUAACCCGCGUUUAUGGGUUCUAUGAUGAAUGUAAGCGAAGAUGUAAUGUCAAAGUAUGGAAGACAUUCGUUGAUACCUUCAAUUGUUUGCCCAUUGCUGCGAUUGUAGCUGGAAAGAUAUUCUGUGUUCAUGGCGGUUUGUCUCCCGCCCUUAGCCACAUGGACGAUAUUAGAAACAUUGCUCGGCCAACAGAUGUGCCCGAUUUCGGCCUAUUGAACGAUCUUCUAUGGGCAGACCCCGCAGACCAAGAAAAGGAUUGGGAAUCCAGCGAACGUGGCGUUAGCUACUCAUUCGGAAAGAGAGUUAUUACAGAUUUCCUAGCUAAACACGACUUCGACUUGGUAUGUCGGGCGCAUAUGGUUGUCGAAGACGGAUACGAAUUUUUCGAGGAUCGAAUCCUCGUGACCGUUUUUUCUGCGCCUAAUUACUGCGGAGAAUUCGAUAAUUAUGGUGCGGUCAUGAGCGUCUCUACGGAGCUAUUAUGUAGCUUUGAGCUUCUGAAACCUCUCGAUUCGAGUGCGCUCAAGAGCCAGAUGAAGAAAAGCCGAAAUAAGCGCAAUAGUAUGGUUAACAGCCCCCCUCCUGGUGGCGCGUACCCUCAGAGCGUUUGA